GUAUAAAACCGAGCGGCAAUAACAGAGACAGAGACACAGUCGGGUCGCAGACUAGAGAUGGAGAGCCCGAGGAACGUUUCUAACCAACAGCCGACUAAUAACGACAGGAUGUGCGAGCUUAACAAAUCGAGUGAGCAGCGGCGGAAGAAAGAAGAGCAGAGUGCCAACACUACGGAGUUCUCGCGCAUUAUCACGGAUCCCGUGACCGGGAAAUGUUACUGCCGCGGGAAAGUUCUCGGAAAGGGAGGGUUUGCUAAAUGCUACGAGCUGACUGACCUGUCCGCCGGAAAGGUGUUUGCGGCCAAAAUCAUCCCGCACGCGCGUGUCGCCAAACCGCACCAGCGUGAGAAGAUUAACAGGGAGAUCGAGUUGCACAGAGGACUGAGCCACAAGCACAUCGUUCAUUUCUAUCAUCAUUUUGAAGAUAAAGAUAACAUUUACAUCUUACUGGAGUACUGCAGCAGAAGAUCACUGGCACAUAUCCUGAAGGCACGCAAAGUACUAACGGAGCCAGAAGUGAGGUACUACCUCAAACAGACAGUGUCUGCACUGAAAUAUCUGCACGAUCAAGAGAUCCUACAUCGAGACCUCAAACUAGGGAACCUGUUUGUGAGUGACUCAAUGGAGCUCAAGGUUGGAGAUUUUGGGCUGGCUGCCAAACUAGAGCCAGUGAGCAACAGGCGCAAGACGAUCUGCGGCACCCCGAAUUACCUUUCUCCAGAGGUGCUGAAUAAACAGGGCCAUGGCUGGGAGUCGGACGUCUGGGCCCUGGGCUGCGUUAUGUACACUCUGCUCCAGGGCAAACCUCCAUUUGAGACCAAUAAUCUUAAGGAGACAUAUCGCUGUAUUAAAGAGGCUCGCUACUCUUUGCCCUCCUCACUGUCGAUCGCAGCCAGGCAGCUCAUUGCCAGCAUGCUCUCCCGUGACCCAGCAGAUCGACCGCGACUCGACGAGAUUGCACAGCACGAAUUUCUCUCGCAGGGCUUCAUGCCAGAGACACUGCCUUCCAGCUGCUGUCUCUCUGCUCCGGACUUCCACAUCUCCAGCCCUGCCAAGAGCUUUUUCAGGAAGGCCGCUGCUGCCCUAUUUGGUGGGAAAAGAGACAAAGCCAAGUACUAUGAGAGUCUCAAUAAGACAGCCAAAGAAGAAGACGACAUCUACAAACUCUGCAAUGACCUCAAGACGACCUCAAUUAAUAAGCAGCCUGCUACACCAUCGUCAGAGGAAAGAGGGACUCCGUCACUACCGGCCGGAAAGCCUGUUUCCCAGGCAACAGUCACACAGCCUGAAGCCCGAGACACCAUCCUCAUGAUCGUCAGAGGCAGCCUCGGGAGCUACAGCAGCAGCAAUGAAUGUCUGGAGGACAGUACAACAGGCUCUGUUGCAGAAGCCAUUGCCAGUGUUUUACGAGGCUGCCUGGAGCACAUGCCCACAGCUGAGAAAUUACCCAAGGCUAGCGGAUGCAGCAGCAUGCAGUGGGUGACAAAGUGGGUGGAUUAUUCCAACAAAUAUGGCUUUGGUUAUCAGCUGGCCGACAACACUGUGGGCGUCCUUUUCAACAGCGGAACGCACAUGAGUCUCCUAGCUGACAAAACGACUGUAUUUCAGCAUGCAGAGAUGGGGCAGUGUGCUGUGAUGUACACAACAGAUGUUCCUGAGAACUGUGUGGGCCAGGUCACUAUUCUCAAGUACUUCGCUCACUAUAUGGAAGAAAACCUGAUGGAUGGAGGUGAUAUGGUGAUUGACACAGAUGCUGAAAAGCCCAGACUCUAUCUGCUGCAAUGGCUGAAGUCAGACCGGGCCCUCAUGAUGCUCUUCAAUGACGGCACAUUCCAGGUAAACUUCUACCAUGACCACACCAAACUCAUCCUGUGUACCCAGCAGGACGACUACCUCCUGACGUACAUCAACGAGGAGCGAACAUCCGCCACAUUUAAACUGAGUGCACUCCUGAGGGCCGGCUGCACAUCAGAGCUGCGCAGCCGUAUGGAAUAUGCACUCAACAUGCUCCAGCAGAGAUGCAAAAGAGACCCGUGAAACUCAGUGUGUCUCGCUCUGUGUCUGUAUGUGUGUGUGUGUGUGUGUGUGUGUGUGUGUGUGUGUGUGUGUGUGUGUGUGUGUGUGUGUGUGUGGGCACGCAAGAACAAGAAAAAUCUGUGAACUGAACAUUGGCUAAAGCACAGAAGCAAACUGGAACUGUUAAUUAGUGUGGAAGUGGUAAUUAAUGCUGAAAGACUGUUAGAGAAAGUUUAAUUGGAUAGAAGUAGGUGCUGUGAAAUGAAGAUGGUGGUGGAUAGUGGAGGUUAUCGCGGAAAGGAGAAAUGAAUGUAGCAUUACGUUAUUAGAAAACGAGCAAGAAAAAGAAAGACUGGGCUGGGACCAGAGGCUAGAGGAAUGUAACCAGGUUUGGAGAAACUCCGAGAUGAAAGCUGGAUUUAAAGCAAAAAAGAAAA